AUUCUGUUUCUGUUCCAGACCCCUCUAUCUCUCUCUCUCUCUCUCUCUCUCUCUCUCUCUCAUGGCCGUGCAAUGGCUUCUGGUAUGCCAUGGCCUGGUCACACUACUAGUGGUGAUUUCAUUCCUCUGCGGGCAGUGGCCUAUAUUCCAAGGCACUUUCAUCGAACGCAUUCAUUACUUCAUCGCCUUCGGCCUCUAUGACUAUUUCCGACGAAUCGUUGGGUAUGUGUGUGGCUCCAGAGGCACCGAUGCGGUUCUCUCCAUUGAGAACUACUGUUGUGAUCGACCUAACCCUAUCCUACAGAUCAUAUAUUUGGCAAUAAUUGGAGCUACUUAUUACAUUAUUGUAAAAACAUCUUUCAUGUAUAUACCCGGAUAUUAUCUAAGUGAGAUUCACAGGUACACAAGCUUGUUGGCAGUUGCUGUCGGUAUUCUUCUCUUUCUAUUGACUAGCUUUUCUGAUCCUGGAACUGUGAAUGCAGAGAAUGUUUCUCUAUAUCUCUCUGCUUAUCCCUAUGACAAUAUGAUUUAUUCAGAGAAAGAAUGUUCAACUUGCAAGAUUUUGAAACCUGCUAGGUCCAAGCACUGCAGCGUUUGCAAUCGGUGUGUGGCUCGGUUUGACCAUCACUGUGGAUGGAUGAAUAAUUGCAUAGGGGAGAGGAACACUCGAUACUUCGUUGCUUUUCUUUUAUGGCAUUUCCUUCUUUGCAUUUAUGGGACGGUAGCCAUUGGGUUGAUUCUUGCCGGUCAAGUGAAAGAAUUUAAAGUAAUCUAUAUUCUGAAAGCUUAUUAUGGGAUUGAAAAUUCAUUCUGGAGUUUGGCUCCACAUGUUGUACAGUGCGCCUUCUUAAUGGUUCUUACCUUAAAUGUUUUCCUGUCUUGCAACAGUGGUUGUUGGCCUCUUACAACAAUCAAAUCCUUCUUAUGGUGUUUCUGGCCAUUGUUUCUUUGCUUCUCUCUGGAUUCUUUGGGUAUCAUGCCCACCUGUGCCUCACGAACACCACCACUAAUGAGACGUUCAAGUGGGAAGAGUACUUAAGCUGGCAGACAAAGGUACACGAGGCUAAGGCAAGUGAUGCGGCACUUGACGCCAGUAUAAGCGGACUGAGCAAUGAAAGGAAGCCUCCAGUGAGCAAAUGGAAGGCCUUCUUCCGGAGAUCUCGUUUAGAAGAUGUGCAGAUGGUCAAGGAAAAUUUCUACGACAAAGGGUCCUUCCGAAAUCUUCAUGAAAUAAUCUUUCCUCUGUCAACUAGACCACCAUUUUCGCAAGCGAAACCAAAAUUGGGUUAAGUGCUGCUGUCGAAUGAUUGUCACUGUGUUUUUAGCUAGCUAGGAUUCCUUCGGAACAUUUAUAUGCUACAUUGGUAGCUGCUUGUUGCCCCUACCCGUGUUAUAGAUGGCUGGCAUUAGCUUCAACGAGGAUGGUAUAACUCGUAAUUGUUGUAAUUGUUUUAUUUUUCAUCCUAAUCGUAAUUAUUAAAGUUUUCCUCUUCAUUCA